CCGCGACCCGAUCAGCUGCUCCCGGAAGCACUCCUGCCCUUUACUGCUUGGCACCGCUAGGGCAGAGCGAGCCGGGAGAAAGGCGCCUGCGCAGGAAAGGCUGGACAAGCGCAUUAUUCUUUCUGCCUGCUGCUGCGGGAGGAGACCUUAGUGGAGAAGCUCGCGAAGUGACUGGGAUUUUUUUUUUCUCGUUUAUCAUUUAGUAGGCUCUGUGGCUUAGGACUCUGAACGAAGUAAACUAAGUUCUCUUACUGAGAAGUCUCAGCUCCAAGUAUGUUAUGAAAGACCUAAGUCAAAGAAAUGUGGAGGGUGAAGGGAAGAACCUGGAAAAUCGGCUACUAGUUAUUGUGCGAGCUGUCAUUCUCCUUUAAAGAAGAGCUUUUCCUCAUCAGCAAGGGAUGAUUACAUUUCUUCCUAAAAAGGAUGGCUGCUCUUUUCCUAAAGAGGUUAACACUACAAGCCGUAAAGUCUGAAAACAGUUGGAUUAGAUGUUUUGGUAAACACAUUGUGCAGAAGACAGCACGAGCACAGUCGACCCCUAUUGCUUCUGCCCCAAGAUUCUCCUUCCUAGUUCAUGCAAAAGCCUUUAGUACCGCUGAAGACACCCAGAAUGAAGGAAAAAGUGAAAAAAAGAGUGGCACAGCUUUUAGUAACACUGGAAGAAAAAUCAGUGAGCGAAUUAUUCGCGUAUUUGAUGAGAACGGCAAUGAUUUGGGAAGCAUGCACCGAGCAGAUGUGAUUAAACUCAUGGAGAAGCGAGAGCUGCGGCUGGUUCAAAGGAACGCUAGCGCAGAGCCUGCUGAGUACCAGCUCAUGACAGGAGUGCAGAUCCACCAGGAACGGCUGAGGCUGAGGGAGAUGGGGAAGGCUAACCCCAAAACUGGACCAACCCUGACAAAGGAACUGACUUUUUCUUCAAAUAUUGGACAAAAUGAUUUGGACACAAAGACUAAACACAUUCAGCAGUGGAUUAAGAAGCAACAUCAAGUUCGGAUUACUAUAAAAAAAGGAAAAAAUGUAGACGAGUCAGAAAAUAAAGGGGAGGAUAUUUUUCAUCAAAUACUCCAGACUAUGCCUGGAAUAGCUACAUUCUCAUCUAGGCCACAAGCUGUUCAAGGAGGAAAAGCCUUAAUGUGUGUUCUUCGUCCUUUGAGCAAAAAGGAAGAAAAGGCAUAUAAAGAAACUCAAGAGAUCCAGAAAAGAGACACUUUGAACAAAGACCUCGAAAAUGAUAAGGAAUCAAAUAUUCUGCAUCAGCAAUUUUAAUAAAGAAAAAUAUGCUUCUGAGAGAAA